AUGUGGAACUGCAUCACUCCGAGAGCCCUGCUGUUUGGCCACAUGGCUUCCAUCACAUGUCUGUCCAAGGCCAGCUCAGGCAGUGACAAGCAGUACAUUGUUAGUGCCUCUGAGAGUGGGGAGAUGUGCCUGUGGGAUGUCAGUGAUGGGAGGUGCAUCGAGUUUACGAAGCUGGCCUGUGCCCACACUGGAAUACAGUUUUAUCAGUUCACCAUUGGUACCCAGCGGGAGGGAAGACUCCUGUGUAUCGGGCAUUAUCCGGAAAUCCUUGUCAUGGAUGCCACCAGCCUGGAGGUCCUCUACUCCUUGGUGUCCAAGAUAGCUCCCGACUGGAUUAGCUCGAUGAGCAUUAUCCGUUCUCAUCGGACACAGGAGGAUACAGUUGUGGCUGUUUCAGUGACUGGAAUAUUAAAAGUCUGGAUCAUUACCGCUGAUGUCAGUCGAAUGCAGGUCACUGAUCCAGUCUUUGAAGAGGAAUCCAAACCCAUUUACUGCCAGAGCUGUCAGAGCAUUUCCUUCUGUGCUUUUACCCAGCGAUCUUUACUGGUGGUCUGCUCUAAAUACUGGAGAGUGUUUGAUGCUGGAGACUAUUCCCUCCUAUGCUCUGUGCCCAGUGAGAAUGAACAGUCCUGGACAGGGGGAGAUUUCAUCACUGCAGACAAGGUCAUUAUAUGGACAGAAGAAGGAAGCAGCUACAUCUACAAGCUCCCAGCAAGCUGUCUCCCUGCCAGCGAGUCCUUCCGCAGCGACGUGGGGAAGACUGCAGAGAGCUCCACCCCCCCUCUCCUGUACAGCACUGUGGGCAGGACAGACAAACAGCUUCUCAUCUGCCCCCCGGUCACCCGCUUCUUCUCCGGCCGAAGGGAGCCCUUUCACAAGCUGCUGGUGCAGGGGAACUCGGCGGGCCGCCUGUCUCUCUGGAGUGUCCCCGCUGCCUCGGAGCCGCAGCCCGGGUCCGGCGCCGCAGCUGCAGGGUGGCCACCACACCGCAUCCUGCGAGGGCACCGCAACAAGGUGACCUGCCUGCUGUACCCUCACCAGGCCUCCCCGCGCUACGACCAGCGCGCUCUGGUCUCGGGGGGGGUGGACUUCUCCGUCAUCGUGUGGGACAUCUUCACCGGGGAGAUGAAGCACAUCUUCUGCGUCCACGGCGGGGAGAUCACCCAGCUUCUCGUUCCCCCGGAGAACUGCAGCAACCGAGUCCAGCACUGCGUCUGCUCCGUGGCCAGCGAUCACUCGGUGGGUCUCCUGAGCCUGCGAGAGAGGAAGUGCAUCAUGCUGGCGUCCCGCCACCUCUUCCCCAUCCAGGUCAUCAAGUGGCGGCCCUGCGACGACUACCUGGUGGUGGGCUGCUCCGACGGCUCCGUCUACGUCUGGCAGAUGGACACCGGCGCCCUGGACCGCUGCGUGAUGGGCAUCACCGCCGUGGAGAUCCUCAACGCCUGCGACGAGGCCGUGCCCGCCGCCGCCGAUUCCCUCAGCCACCCCGCCGUCAACCUCAAGCAGGCCAUGACCCGCCGCAGCCUGGCCGCCCUCAAGAACAUGGCCCACCACAAGCUGCAGACCCUCGCCACCAACCUGCUGGCCUCCGAGGCGUCUGACAAGGGCAACUUGCCGAAGUACUCUCACAACUCCCUGAUGGUGCAAGCCAUGAAGACGAACCUGACGGAUCCGGAUAUGCACGUGCUUUUCUUUGACGUGGAAGCCGUCAUCAUCCAGCUGCUGACGGAGGAGGCGGCGCGGCCCAACCCCACCCUGGUCUCUCCCGAGAGCCUGCAGAAGGCCCAGGGCAGCUCGGACAAGGGGGGCUCCUUCCUGGCCGGCAAGAGGGCAGCCGUGCUGCUCAAGCAGGUGAAGGAGACCAUCAAGGAGAACAUCAAGGAGCACCUGCUGGACGACGAGGACGACGAGGACGAGGAAGCCCGGCGCCAGCGCAGGGAUGACCCGAAGUCCAAGUCCCUCAGCCUGCUGGAGUAUAACCUGACCAUGGACACUGCCAAGCUCUUCAUGUCCUGCCUCCACGCUUGGGGGCUCAACAGCGUGCUGGACGAGGUGUGCCUCAGCCGCCUGGGCAUGCUCAAGCCUCACUGCCCCGUCUCCUUCGGCCUGCUGUCCCGGGGCGGCCACAUGUCCCUCAUGCUCCCCACCUUCAAGAACUCCAUGGUACGGGUGGCGUCAGGCAGGGGGGGCACCGACACGGUCAGCAGGAAGAUGUCGGUGUCCGAGAUCCUGGGGAAGGGCACCUACGGUGUGUCCCGGGCUGUGACCACCCAACACCUUCUCUCCGUCAUUUCCUUGGCCAAUACCCUGAUGAGCAUGACCAACGCCACCUUUGUCGGGGAGCACAUGAAGAAAGCACCCGCCAGGCCCCCUAAACCAGGCACCCCAGAGACUUCUAAAAAGAUGUCCCCACAGGUUUCCAGCACAGUGGUCCAAGGACAGAUCAAACAAGUUCCUGCUGUGGCUGCGUCUGCUGCUGCUGGUUCUGCGGCUAUUCACUCUGGCCCUGCUUUACAUGCCUGUCCCUCAGUCAAUGAAGGAUGGAGUCAGCUUGCUGCCAUGCACUGUGUCAUGCUACCUGAUUUGCUGGGGUUGGACAAGUUCAGACCUCCUCUCUUGGAAAUGCUGGCUCGUAGGUGGCAGGAUCGAUGUCUGGAGGUGAGGGAGGCCGCGCAGGCCCUACUACUGGCCGAACUGCGUAGGAUCGGACAGGCAGGCCGGAAGGAGACCAUAGACCUGUGGGCGCCGUACCUCCCUCAGUACGUCGACAGCGUCAUGUCGCCCGGAGCCGCGGCAGACAGCGCGCAGACCGCGCCGCCACCCCCGGACCCUCCGCUGAGCACCGAGGCCAAGGCCCCCGAGGAGGAGGCGGACCUCCCCGACGAUGACAUCACAGCAGGGUGCCUGUCCGGCCUCCCGCCGCACAUAAAGAAGACCUCCUCGUCCUACGAGGAAAGGCGCAAGCAGGCGACCGCUAUCGUCUUGCUGGGGGUGAUUGGAGCAGAGUUCGGUGCUGAGAUAGAACCUCCGAAACUGCCGUCCCGGUCACGUACUGCCACCCAGGCUCCUGAUGGCUUCGGGCUUUCUACUGGAGGGUCCAAUUACUCGCUGGCCAGGCAUACCUGCAAAGCUCUCACGUUCCUGCUGCUGCAGCCCCCCAGUCCCAAGCUCCCUCCACACAGCACCAUCCGCCGCACUGCCAUCGACCUCAUCGGCCGCGGCUUCACCGUCUGGGAGCCCUACAUGGAUGUGUCGGCGGUGCUGAUGGGCCUGCUGGAGCUGUGUGCCGACGCCGAGAAGCAGCUGGCCAACAUCACAAUGGGCCUGCCCCUGAGCCCCGGCGCGGACUCGGCCCGCUCGGCUCGACACGCUCUCUCGCUCAUCGCCACGGCCCGACCACCAGCCUUCAUAACAACCAUCGCCAGGGAGGUCCACAGACACACUGCUCUCCAGGCCAACACUCAGUCCCAGCAGAACGUCCACACCACCACACUGGCACGCGCCAAGGCUGAGAUCCUCCGAGUCAUCGAGAUCCUCAUCGAGAAGAUGCCCACCGACGUUGUAGACCUGCUCGUGGAGGUAAUGGACAUCAUAAUGUACUGCCUUGAAGGAUCUUUAGUCAAGAAGAAAGGCCUUCAGGAGUGUUUUCCUGCAAUUUGUAGGUUCUACAUGGUGGGUUACUGUGAGCGGAGUCACAGGAUAGCGGUGGGAGCUCGCCAUGGAACUGUGGCGCUCUAUGAUGUCCGCACUGGGAAGUGUCAGACCAUUCAUGGACACAAGGGGCCCAUAACUGCUGUCUCUUUUGCCCCAGACGGACGGUAUCUCUCAACCUAUUCCAAUACAGACAGCCACAUCUCGUUCUGGCAGAUGAACACCUCCUUGCUGGGCAGUAUCGGCAUGUUGAACUCCGCCCCCCAGCUGCGCUGCAUCAAAACCUACCAGGUUCCCCCGGUGCAGCCUGCGUCCCCCGGAUCGCAGAACGCGCUGAAGCUGGCCCGGCUCAUCUGGACCUCCAACCGCAACGUCAUCCUGAUGGCGCACGAUGGCAAAGAGCACCGUUUCAUGGUCUGAGCACCUCCCUGCCUCUCCCACUCCCCCUGCACAGACCCAGUCACAUAGGCCACGUACUGCUGUUUACACCUUCUGGUUGUUUACAUUUCCGAUCUGCCCUCCUAGUGCUUAUAUUGUUUAAUAAAAGAGGCUUGUCUCUCUCUUCAAGUCUGUGCUUCGCACCUUGUCAAGACCCAGGCCUUCCGGCCUCGUACACUCCCGAGUUCGUUUGCAGCUGAGUUUCUUGGCGCCAAGAGCCUAUUAUACUCACUAGUUUUUUCUCAAGGGGCAUUUUUCUUUCACUCGUUCAAAGCACUGAUCAUCCCAGUUUAAAAACUACACAGGGGCAUUCCUCCGCCGGGAUCCAGUACGACUAAGUAUUAAACUCAAGGUUAUGUGUGUAAAAUUCAUAUCAUAUUGUAGGAAAUGUUGUAAAGAAUGUGAAAUUAUCUAGUUCUCGUUAUGCAAUGUUUUCUAUUUCCAGUGGUUACAAAAAUGAGUACUGCAAUAAGCAAACCAGCCAAUGUUGCAUUGCCAGUUAUCCUGCAUCUCCUACCUUAAUUAGACAAUAUACAGUAAGAAUAGAAAAACUGCACUGAAUGGAAAUUUCUGUUUAGCUGAUGGAUGAGGCAAAGUGCAUAUAUAUGUAUUUUAAUAUAUACUGAUCAUUUGACCAAACACUGAAGCUGCUUUCUUCUAUAUCUUGCAAGUUCUGGGCCUGUGUAAGAAAUAACUUCCUUUUAGUUGUCAAUGUGCUCUAUAGAAUGUUUGAACCAUUAAUAUCUGUAUUUUUACUGAUCCAUUAUUUAUUAAUAGAAAAAUUAUAACACUGCACCGGUCAAUAUUUAAAAUACUCAAGCAUAUCGAUGGUCUUUACAGGCUCUUUCAAAAAUGAUCUUUUAAAAAGGUACUGGUUCUGAGGAAGGCCUAAAAUAUCCUCCUAAACCACCUGCUAAAAAUGUUGUCAUUAUUUUACACAUUUGUAGGCCGCAGUUAAAUCAGUGAUGUGUUUUGUUUUGUGCAGGCUGAAUCUCUGGCAGGGUGAAAACAGGCCUGUAGUAUAUUUACAUAUCACAGCAGAUUUUGUUUGAUUAUCUUAAAACGGAAAAUUAAUCUUGAAGAAGUAGAUGCCGCACACUACGAAUUUCCCUGUCCAGGUUAUGAUACAGUAUGACUCCAUGUCAGAAUUUUUUUAGACAAGAGAAUCUGUAGCCAACCUAUUGGUUUGCCAAUUUGUAGUUAGAGAAAGGAGCCCUGAAAGUAGUAUACAGUAUGUAAGUAGUCUAGCUGUAUGGCUCAGGAAAGGACUUUUCAGUAUCUGCCCCUGUUAUUUAAAGACUCCCCAAAGGUUGCUGAGAUGAAAAAUAUGACCCAGGUGUCCAAGAAUUCAAAGCUCUCCCCCUUGUGAACAGAUAAUAGUGGAAAUCUUCGAGCAGUUAGCCUCAGCACUGCUGCUCGGCGUGACAUUUCCAUUUCAGCGAAGCCGAAACAAAGUAUGAGAUUUUUCUCAUCUUUAGGUGUUUGCUUUAUAUUUAAUCUUUCAGGCAGCUAUGGAUAAAGCUGGGACUGAGCUGCGUGGUAGCGAGUUAAUUGGCCGAUCCUGUCUCUGAGUGCUCUUAAUGCUGCUGUUCAUUUCUUCUAAAAAAUCACCACAAUUUACAUGUAACAUUGAUGUGGUUCUGUAAGGCGGAUUUGCGAAUAGGAGACAAUGAAGCAAGCACUUAAGCAAUCUCUUUAACAGGGUGCAUUUGGCUGUUCCCUUAUGAUUGCACUAGCAUAUUUUCAGUAUAUAAAGAUUGAGCAGUGGGGGUACCAAUUAAAGUGUCUCUUCUUUGCCAGAUUGUAAUAGCAUACUGUACAUUUUAGCUCCUGGCCACUCAGUAAAUUUCGGCAAACAAAAUUCUCAGCUUCCUGAGCCAAUUGUCCUUUGUAGGACAUGGUUUUCCUUUGAGACUCUAUAUUUUCUGCUCCAAACUUUAUGAGCCCACUGUCCUGGUUAAGAGAGAUCAAAAACUUCACAAAGUUCUUUUCUACAUAUGCUGCUAACUGGAAAAACGAUGCACGUGACUUACUGAUACCGUAAUUCAUUUUUAGUUUUUGCUAGCUCUAUGGCCACCUCAGUUCCAUACGAGCACAAGGUUGUCGACAGUUUUGAUCCGCACACCAAUCUGCCCGUCUUACACAUACAGAUGCAGAAUAGCAUUUAUUUGCUUAUUCUUUUUGGGUGGUUCUUACAUUGUUAAGGGAUAGAUCUUUGCUGAAAAUCUUCCCAUUUUUACAGAUUUUUAAGUUUUAAUGAUCAACAAAUAUAAAAUAGGCUGUAUAUAUAAAAUCCUGGUUUUAAUUUAGCCAAUUUCAUAUUAUAGUGUUGCUCUCACUCGUAAUUCGCACGUGAAUGGUAUUUCCCCAAAACUUUAUGAUACGCAUAACUAGGGACUUUCUUAGACUCAUGACAUCCUAAAAUAACACAGCUUGUCAAACCCGUUGCAUUGUAUGAAACAUGAUUGCCUAUAUUUUGGACAAAAUGGCACUAUUAUCGACAGAAUUUCUCAGCCAUUCCAUAUGUGGUGUUUGGAAUCCAGCCUGCACUUUCCUUGUGUGAAGAACCAGUCAAUUCUUUAGCUUUUACUGCUGCUCCUAACUCUCUUCGUCUCUCUUGCCAAGUCUCAGCAAUUAAAUAUAAGGUUAGCCAGCAGUUAAAUGUAAGGAUUAUGACAACGGCUGCAUUAUCCUAAGAGGAUGUUAAAAUAGAGGAAGAUGAUCACAGAAAGACCAAGUGCUUUUGCACUCUUUGUGCUACGCUUUCAGUACGGCAGUAAAAAUUUGUAUUGUCACUCCCAUGUGAUCUUUUAGUGUUUUAUUGAUUAGUUACUCCUGUAUUUGGAACUGUCCUUCUUGUAAAUGUAGAUGCAUAAACAGCUUCAUUGUCAAAUUAUUAGUAGCAGAUUCAGCAUAAUACAGUAAUACCAGUAUGAUGGUAAACCAUUGUAGCUGUGGAAGAUGCUCUGUGCUGUACAAAAAACCUGUGCGUGACAAUGUUGAUAUCUGUGCUUCUUAUUCAGGAAUUGUACUGUAAAGGCUGUGUUACAAUGUGUUGCGUGUAUAUCUAUGUGUUCAAUAAAUGAAGUGGAAAUUGA